AUGUUGGUGGGAAAAAUGUUGUCACUCAAAUCAGAAGAGCCUGGUCAAGAUAUAGAUGCUACUUCAAAAGACUUUGUCCAUUUGACUAGUAAAGCCAACAGUACUGUCUAUUUACCUUUACAAGUUGUUAUAAUAAAGCAUCCCAAAGAACUUGAAGGUAAAAGUACAGCUGUCCAUGCUGCAGUAUUGGCACCGAAUGAUGUAACCAUUUAUACAUAUCCAUGUAUUCCAGACUUCAAAGAAAAAGACAAGGUGCUGCUUGUUUUCCCAUCACCGACUGCCUUGACACUAGAUGACUUUGCUAAACAAAGUACUCAUGAAUCAGGUGACGAGUCCAAUGGUCCACUUGCAAAGAAAGCCAAGCGUGAUGUUCUUCCUGUUCCAAAAUUCAAUCGGGUUGUAUUUAUUGACAGUACAUGGAAUCAGACAUCAUCUAUCUACAGAGAUGACAAAUUACAAGGUUUACAGUGUGUUAUUUUAAAAUCUGCGAAGACUACAUUUUGGCGAAAACAAGAGAAGAAACCUGACAACUUCCUAGCAACCAUUGAGGCUGUUUAUCGUUUUAUGAUUGAAUAUCAUCUUUUAUUUAUUGAUCCAAUUUAUGAUAAGAGAUAUGAUAAUCUAUUGUAUUUUUAUUCAUUUCUACACAAUAUAGUAAAUAUUAAUGUGAGAGAAAAAAGACUAAAGGAACAGAAAAAACUCGAAAAAAGUUAGCGUAUUUCUGUUCAAGAUGCAGUGUUGGUUGAACAUGUGUUUUACAUGGAAAAAUUUAGGAGUUCAUCACCGGUUUUGGUGUCACUGGCAAGCAAGGGCAAACAUGAGAAACCAUAUCAUUUCUUUGGGUUAUGUUUGAACUGGAUCGCACACAAUGUAUACAACCCAUGUUUACACAAAAUUUAAACUUGCACUAAAUGGCCCUUUUGCACUUUAAAAGUGUAUCAGCAUAAAGAAUAAUUUGAUGAUGUCCUGAUAAACGACAUUCUAGCCAUAGCGGCUCCAAUCAUCUAUCAACUGUAGCAAUGCACUGUAUGCCACUGCAUUCAAAAUAACCACAGUAUCAAUAUCUUGCACAUUUCAUACAAUAUAAUAUUUGAAAAAGAA